AUGCUUGGCUCGAGGAACUUACUGGACUCGGCUAGCAAGCGGUCAGCCACAAGCAAAGCAGAGACGGCUGUGAUCAAGCUGGCUGGAAGGUGCGAAGAGGAGUCGAAGGGUCUAAUCGAGCUUCUGGCUAAGCUUAAAGUCCCUGCGAGACCAGAUGGGUCCAAGCCGAAGCUUAAGGCCGUACAAGUGGUGCUCAAAACCAUGCUGAAGAAUGGUGAGCUGGAAUCUCGGCAACGAAAGCUUAAAAGUUUGGAACGGCAGUUGUGUGUGGUCCGUGAAUCGCAAGAUCAAGAGUUCGCUUCUCUGAAGAUUAUACUUGAUCAGCAUGGCAAAGAUGUGGUGACAAGAGUACUUGAUAUGAAAGAUGAAGUACAGAAGAGCCUUGAGAAACUGCAAGCGACAGUGGAUGCUGGCUUCGCAAAUAUUGAAAGGCAUCGAGUGAGUGUCGAGGAGAAGAUCAAGAUCGACUGUAUCAUCGACAGCUUGAAAUACACGGAUAUGGGCCUGCGAAAGACUAUGAUCACCGAUGCGGCCGAUGAUCAGUAUCAAUGGGCUUUUGGGGGAUUCGAACAGCCUCCUGAGGAUGACAGACAUACUUACCGCCCACCAGAUGCUUCCAAUUCCGGUUCCGACAGUGUACAAUCAUCGUUCGCUAACACCUCCACCACACCUGGUAGCGACGCGGCUUCAGAGGACAAUCAGAGUGACGUAGGUGGAGACAGCACUGACGAGGACCUGAACAAUCUCGAGGACUGGCUCAAAUCUGACAGCAGCCUAUUCUGGAUAUGCGGCUUGCCAGCCAGCGGAAAGUCAACCGUCAUGAAGUUUCUUCAGCGAAACGACUCUGUGAUGGCAGCUCUUGAACAAAGUGCGCCUGAACGGCAAGUUUUUGUUCUUAAACACUAUUUCUGGGUUGCUGGGUCACCUUACCAGCGUUCAUGCCUGGCCAUGCUUCAGAACCUAUGUUACCAGCUAUUGCAUCAACGACGAGCCGUAGCGAUUUCUGCUUGCGAGGAGCGCUUUGCUCGCCCACAGAGCAAACGUGAUUGGACAGUAUCAGAAUUGUGGGCUAUGAUAUCCAGCAUCGCUCAAGUAUUCGACGUCAAACUAUUCUUGGUUAUCGAUGGACUGGACGAGUGCGCGGAGAAAGAGCACGGCCUCUUGCUCAAGACCCUCGCAACAUUUUACGCCCUACCGAACGUCAAGCUAGUGGUGUCUAGCAGACCGUGGACUGUAUUCCAGUAA